AUGGCGGUCAUUAACCAGAAAACCACGCCGCCGGUGCCUCCCGCCCACCAUGCACCGGCUCAACAACCCGUGAAUCCAGCCCUCUAUCCAGCUGUUUACCAAGGACUCCCAGCAGGACUCUACCACCCGUCGGCCUAUCCGGGGGCUUACCCAUUCGCUCACUCAGCACCGCGCCAAGCUUCCUAUCCAACAACUCACCCAGGACCUCACUCAGCAGCCCCCCAGGCGUCUCAUCCGGCAGGCCAUCCGGUUAUUCACCCUGCAGGCCAUCCCGGAGGCCAUCCUGGAGUCCACCAUGGAGGUCACCAAGUGGGACAUCAUGGAGGCCAACAAGAAGGAUACUCGGGGGCCUCUCGCGCGACCCAUACUGCCACCCCGCGCUCUGUAGAUCCCGCCAAGGUCGCUGAAGCAAUGGCCCGCCUGAAUGUCAAUACGGAGAGAGCAGCCUCAGGAAAUCGGCAGAAAGUGUCGGACUCUAGCUCGGGAAAGGAGCCCACCGCGGCAAAAGUGGAAAAGAGCCAGAUGCAUCUGACGCAAGCGGAGUUGAUCGGCAUGGUCCAGAAACGGGCAAAGAAGCUCCCCGGCGUCCAACAGUACCAGUCACUUUCAAAAGCAAAGCGUACCCAUGUGGAUCAACUCAUCAACGAGCUCAAGAAGGAGGAUUCUCUCCUGGAAUGGACUUGUGCAUAUGUCAAGGAAGAAGAACGACAGAUGAAAGGCAAGAAUAGUAAGCGUGGAGACUAUGAGACUGUUUCCAUGGACGUUGUGAUCAUGGGGAAGCCUAUUACCUCUUCGCGUCCCAAGGUGGCGCAAGUGGAGUUCGAUUUGCCUAACAAGUCUAAGGAGAGGGUUGAACCGAAGGCCGAAAAUCCCGUAGUCAUCGAUGAAUCUCGGCCAUUGGACACGGCGAUUGAAAAUGUCCAUCAGUGGACACGGUCUAAUAUGGGUCAUGCACAACAGCCCCCCAUGGUGCAGGUGCAAAAUGUUCCACGGCAGCUUAACCCUGAGUUCACUCAGCAGGCUCCACCACCGCCGCCUCCCCCUCCCCAGCCGCAGGUACAGCAAGCGGGAGGAAGACCAUUGGUUAACCAUGGAAAUCUGCCACAAGGAGUCCCAGCUCAUUUCUCUUUCGGGGUACACCCACAGGCAGCCAUGCCCCACGUCGUGCGGGCCGCUCCAGAGAAGGGUCCCGCAAUUGAUGUCCUAAAGGAGCAAGCCAGAGGCAUGGCGAGCGCUGGUGCACACCCGCACAUGCCCCAGGUCGCGAGAGCUGUCCCAGAGAAUUGCCCCACUGUCGAGGUGUUGAAGGAGCAUGUUAGAGGAGUCCCUGUGGGAGCGCACCAGCGCCCACAGGUAUCCAUGCCCCACACCGCGAGGGCUGUUCCAGAGAAUGGCCCAGCUAUUGAGGUGCUAAAGGAGCAUGUCAGAGGCGCUCCGAACGCUGGUGUACAACACGCAGGGAUCAAUAACUUGUACAACCCAGCCGGGGUGCCGGUAACCCAUAACAACCCACGAAGAGAGCCUUCCUAUCCCUAUGAAUCUCGUUCCUUUGAGAACGUCACCCAAGGAGGUAGUGUCAAACCACCAAACUUGGCGGAACCAGAGAUAGAAUUGGCUCCAGACUCCAGCAGCAUUGGGGAUGACGAUUCAGAGAUUUUCGACUUUGAAGACCUUAGCUCAGUUACAGAUGACUCUGAACAUGAGGGAGAGACACGUAAAGAAGCGCAGCCCUGGCGUGGAAGUCUCUUUCGCCGGCACUCCUCUACCUCAAGGCGCCCUGGGCCAUCUCGAUACCGCUCCCACUACCGGAAGCAACCCUCGGGUGCAUCUGACAACAGACACGGUCGCACCAAGUACCUCAGUGACUAUGUUGAUGUGAUCCCCGCCGACAGCAGGGAUUCCGACAAGCAACUAUGGAGGUCCAUAGCCGAGAGGUUGCUCGGCAGACCCGAGAUCGCCCGAAGAUUAUCCACGCCCCUGUUAGUUCCGAGGAUUUGGAUGCACCCGAGUUCGACGAAAGAUAUCGUGGGGGACGAGCUCGCAACGAUAUUCGCACCCGAAUUCUCGAUGAUCGGGAAGCAAGAAUUGAGCGCCGAGAGAAGCAGCUAG